AUGGAGGUAGAAAAACAGGAACCAUCUCGCAGAAGCAAAAAGACAACCACCAAAUCUACAAAUGGCAUUGAAGAAAUCAUCAGUAAUAACGAAAUCAAGAAAGACAUUCAAGAAAGCAAAUCCAAUGAUGAUGAUUUUCAUACACCUCCUCCCAACCCACAUAACGAAGCUGUGAUGAUCACCUCACAAAAACCUAUUCUUGGAGAGCAUUCUAUCCAAUAUUUGGUCAGAUUUGAUUUGACUUUAAAUAAAGUAGGUUUUAAGGUUGCAAGCAAUAAAGAAAACAUAUUCAUUGAAGUAUCUGGAGGACCGGAGAAUGUUGUUACAAAACACGUCAGAGAAGAUACUGAAAAGCUCAUCAAGGAAGCUAUGUUUGACUUGGUCUCUUUGUUUAGAACCAUUUUAGAUAAGAAUGCAGAAAAUGCAAGAAAUAUAUGUAUCUACAUGGUGCAAUGUAUUGGUAAUGUGUCAGUUUCUUUUGAACAGUAUCAAUCUUAUUCUGAUUAUUUUAUGUUAGGUGAUCGAAUUACGUUAAGUGAACUUCGUCUUGAUAAGAAGCAUUUUUAUAAAAUUUCACAGAUUAAGUCAGCGAUGUUACCAUUCUCUUUUGAAAGAAGUUGA